AUGAAAAAGUUAGUGGUAUUUGUUUUUGUUUUUCUUUUCCUUUUAAAAGAAGUGCUUAUAUACGCACAAGAGCAUGUGUGUGAUUUUACAAAGGAAAAAUACUUGUUAGGUAAAAAUGAAAAGGAGUAUUGUGAAGUGCAUGCUAACCCAUUCGACAGUGUAACGUUUAUAUGCCCAGAAAAAAUUGGAGCAGAAUGUUUUCAGAACGUAAAUAUAGUAGAUGAUAUUACAAAAGAGAAAAUGGAUUCAUCUAAGAUAUCAAUAGAUGAAAUAUUAUACGGAUCAACAGUAUAUGGGGAUACUCUUUUAAUAUCUCCUACAGUUAAAAAAAAUACAACAUUUUAUUGUUUUUGUAAUUUACAAACAGCAGAUGUGCAAAAAUAUCUGCAAGAAAGAAAAGCAGAAAAGGAAAAGCUAAUCAAAGAAUCAAAAAGUAUUGUUGUUGAAGAUUCAGAGGAAGAAGAAGUACUGGUAAAGGAAGAAGAAGAAGAACAACAAAAAGUAGAUGAACAUUUAGAAAAAGCUUUACAAAGAGUUAAAAAGUAUAAAAAUAUAAUAGAAAAGGAAAAGAAAAAAGAUAGUGGUGAAUCCCCUGAGGAUAAUGAAGAAAUAGUAGAAGAAGAAGUAGAUGAAGAAAUUAAAAUAAAAACAGAAAAAAUAAUAACAAAAUAUGGUAUAAUGAAAGUUGUUGUUUCUACAAGUGAUACAAUAACAAAAGGUUGUGAUUUCGGUAAUAAUGUAGUUAACUAUUUUUCUAAUCCGUAUCCUGUGGAGAAAUAUGGAGGUAGUAGAGUCUGUCGUAUAGAAGCAAAACCAGGAGAAUUCGUAGGAUUUAAGUGUAUUUACGAUAAUACUGGAAAUGUUGAACCAAAUAAUUGCUUUGAUAAAGUACUUUAUGAAGAUAAAGAAACUGAUUUGAAAACAUUGAUGCCAGGGUAUAUAUCUUAUGGAAAUAAACGUCAGGGAAAGUAUGCCUUCUAUUUGAAACUUCCUCAUUUUAUACAGCAUAAUUAUACUAUUAGGUGCAAAUGUAGGUCUACUGUGGCUCAAUAUGAUAAUUACGUUUUCGAGUUGGCUGUUGAAGGAGGGGAGAGUGCAGCUAUUUCCCAGACCUUUCAAGACUAA